AUGCAAACCUUCAUAGAUCUACCAAUGGGCUCCGUUUCUUUCUCUCUCUUCACAGGUGAGAAGUGUCCAGGAGUGGUAGCACAGUUUGAGGGACGUCCUGGGGUGUUCAUUACUGGUCAGGUGACUCCGCCCCUUUCAGAUGUCAAGGUCACCAUCACGCCGACAAACCAAGCCAAGGGGACAACAGAGGGAGCCCUUACACAGAUGACGGACCAAAAGGGACAAUACAGGGUUGGUCCGUUACCGGAUACGAGUGAGUAUGAAGUAGGCGCUUCUCUUGAUGGUUACAUCCUAACGCAGGAGGAAGGCAAGCUGGGUUACUUCAGGGCAUUCAAGCUGGGCAAGAUCAGGAUUGAGGUGACAGAUGGAGAGAACAGCGCCCUCUCAGGCGUGCUUCUGUCAUUGAGUGGCGGAAACUUCCGUAGCAACAACCUCACCAAGGAUGACGGUAUCUUGACCUUCGGUGACCUUGGACCAGACACCUACUUCCUGCGAGCCUUGAUGAAGGAGUUUGAAUUUGAACCAAGUACCCAGAUGAUAGAGGUCAGCGAGGGGUCGGUCGUAGACAUCAAGGUCAAAGGUCGUCGAGUGGCCUUCAGCUGUUACGGUUCAGUGACGUCACUAAACGGAGAGCCAGAGCCGGGCAUCUCUGUUGAAGCUCACUCAGAGGAGAGCUGCGGUCAGGUCGUAGAGGAAAGUGUGUCGGACGAGGAAGGCAACUUUAGAAUCAGGGGACUCCAGCCAAACUGUGACUACAAGAUCCAGCUGAAAGACUGUGAGAGCAACGGUCAUAUCGAGAGAGCAUCGCCAAAAACACAAACCGUCACCAUUGGCCAAAAAGUGAUCAAGGAUUUGAGGAUCAUUGUGUUCAGACAUCUCAACCAAUUUGAUAUAGGAGGAAAUAUUGUCACUCCGCAUGAAUACUUGGCAUCGUUGAAGGUAUCUUUAUACAGUGAGGAGGAUCCUGACUCGCCCAUUCAUACACUGUCAUUGGAGACGGGAAGUUUCUUUCAAUUCUCUGCUGUACCUAAUGAUGGGAGGAGAUACAUGAUCAAGCUCGAGUCCACCUUACCCAGAUCAAGCUAUGAUUUUACAUUACCAGAAGCAAGCUUUACAAGCACUGGAUACCAGAAACAUGUCACACUGCCGUUCAGUCCUCAGAAACGUGCCGUUGAGCAGGAGGUUAUGCAAGGUUCAUAUUUCGCCCUUCCUCUGGUUGUAGCACUCAUUGCUGUGGGUGUUAACCAUGCCAAGAUCCUGCCAUUUAUACUUCAGUUCGGACAGAGCAUGCGAGGCUUACAGAGCACCGCCCCCACCAGCAGACCAGAGACGGUCAACGUCGACGCCGAUUUGUCACGGCAACGCAAGAAAGUCAAGCCAAGGAAGACAUGACGAUACUCUGCUUUGUCGUAGGUUUAUGUUGGUAGAUAGCAAAAGCUUAUUAGCCGACGAAUGCCUUGUAAAAUGUCUGUGCUGUGUUUUAAAAGGGGAAGUUCAACCCUGACAAAAAGGUUUAUUGUAAAAAUAGCAGAAAAAAAAGUAUUGGUGAAGGUUUUAGGAAAAUCAGUCAAAGAAUUUAAAAGUUAUUCAAAUUUUAAUUUUUUGAUUUAUGAUGUCAUAUGCGAGCAGCUCCCCAUGUAUCAUGAGUUAGAAAUAUCAAUGAAAUGUCAUUUUCUCAAAAGAUGAAAAUGGGUUUUAUUGUAACUUUAGUAUAUCAACAGACAAUUUUUUUUUGUCUGUGCGUUUGUUUUUCUUUCAUCCACUUAAUCGAGGUAUUCAUUCACAAUAAUAUGUUCAUGUAUAUAUAUAUAUAUAUUUGUAUAUAUAUAUAUAUUUCUCUACAUCUGUGUUUAAGGCGAUUUUUUUUGUCUUCUUUUGUUGUUCGUAUGGCACCUUAACGCCCUCUACCUUCGUCUUUACGUCUAUAUGUGUAUUAUGACGGAAUAAAGCCAUUCAUAGACUUCGCCCUUUCGUAGGAUGUAGGCAUACAUGUAUAUAUAUAUAUAUACAUGUAUAUAUAUAUAUAUAUAUAUAUAUAUAUAUAGUGUGAUGAUAAGUUUACUUCUACCAAUCGCUGUUGAGUUGUGAAUAUUAAACAUAAUGAGAUGAGGCAAUAUAUAUAAUAAAAUAAUAUAAAUUAUAAUAUAAUAUAAAUUAUAAUUAAUAUAAAUUAAUAUAAAUUAAUAUAAAAUAAUAUAAAUUAUAAUUAUAUAUAAUAAAAAAAUUCAAUUCAUGUAAUAAAUUAAAAUUCGUUCACUUUUUUUUAAUUGAGUAGAUAAUUUCACACCUGGUUCUGAAAGAAGAAAAUUUUUAGUCAUCACGAACCAUUAGAAAAUUUGAAUUAUUGUGAUGAGGCAAUAUAUAUAAUAAAAUAAUAUAAAUUAUAAUAUAAUAUAAAUUAUAAUUAAUAUAAAUUAAUAUAAAUUAAUAUAAAAUAAUAUAAAUUAUAAUUAUAUAUAAUAAAAAAAUUCAAUUCAUGUAAUAAAUUAAAAUUCGUUCACUUUUUUUUAAUUGAGUAGAUAAUUUCACAGUUAAAUAUUAACUUAUUGUGAUGAGGCAAUAUAUAUAAUAAAAUAAUAUAAAUUAUAAUAUAAUAUAAAUUAUAAUUAAUAUAAAUUAAUAUAAAUUAAUAUAAAAUAAUAUAAAUUAUAAUUAUAUAUAAUAAAAAAAUUCAAUUCAUGUAAUAAAUUAAAAUUCGUUCACUUUUUUUUAAUUGAGUAGAUAAUUUCACACCUGGUUCUGAAAGAAGAAAAUUUUUAGUCAUCACGAACCAUUAGAAAAUUUGAAUUUAUGUAUUUUUAUUACAUAACAUAUGGGGCUGCUGCUCGUAUGUGAUGUCACAAAUCAAAAUCUUGAAAUUCAAAUAACUUUCUUAAUCUUUAAUGGAUUUUUCCUCAAACCUUUACCAUUAUUGUUUAUUAUUUUUUUCUGGUAUUUUGACAACAAAGUUUUCGUCUGGGUAAACUUUCCCUUUAAGCAGGGAUCCUCCUAUCAAGGUACUUUGAGUCUAUUCAUAGUGGCUUUCCUGCAUUUCGAGUUAUUUUGUCUUUGAUGACAUGUGAGAUCUGGGCCCCGUUUUACAAAGAGUUACGAUUGAUCCGAUCAACCGCAACAAUGGAAAGCCAACAACGUCAACAUCUAUGAUGCAUGUUUGUUCAAAAUAUUUUCUAGCUAUGAUGCAUAUUCAUGCAAUAAUUGUUUUCUUAAAAAUUCCUUGCGCUUCUCUUUGCAUACAAAGGACAUUGUGCACAUUUUUCGUAGAAAAAAUUAUGACUGAUGGAUUUUCAUAGAGUUACGAUUGAUCUGAUCAACCUCAACUACAUGGAAAUCCAUCAAUGUCAUAAUUUUUCUACAGGAAAUUUUUUACAAUGACCUUUGUAAACAAAGAGAAGCCCACUGAGUUUUCAAGAAAACAAUUUAUGUAUGCAUAUUAUACAGCAUAUCGAGAAAAAACUUUGAACAAACAUGUAAUGUAGAUGUUGACAUUGCUGGCUUUCCAUAGUUGUGGUUGAUCGGAUCAAUAGUAAGUCUUUGUAAGACGGGGCCCUGGUAAUGAAAGGCUGCUUGCAGGAUUCCUGUGCAAAUGAUGCAGCUCUUGACUUUUGACAAGGUACCUUAAUGACCUGGCUAGAUUUAGCAAUUUAGGGAUGGGGUGUUGCAAGAAACUUGCGAUCAAUUGCAAGUCUAUUUUUGGUCCCUAAAUCUAUCAUAUGUCUUGCAGUUAAUUGCAAAUUAGUGAUUGAUUGCUAAUCUGCUCCUUGAAACAAGAAGUUUAAUCAGAUCUGCUCUAACUAACGUUGAUCUAUCAGUUGUAAAAUUGCAACAGAAUAUUUGCAAUUGAACGCAAAUAUUUUCUUGCAACACCCCCACUAUGUUGCAAGGUUGUGCAAGCAAUUUUAGUUACCUCGCUUCAUGUACAUGUAAAGAAGCAGUUUUAAUUACAGACGAGCCUUGGUGUAACAAGGUCCUGCAAGCAAUGUUAGGUAACCUGGGGGGUGUUUCACAAAGAUUUUAAGUAUGACUUCGAGUUGUGUGAGGUAUAAGAGGCAUGACCGCAUUGGUCAGAUCACGCAAAGAGGACGCGCACUACUGCGUAUUGAUCGAUAAGAUUGCACGUUGCAUAUCAUGUACGCGUUAACACUUAAGUGCAACACUAAGUCAUACUUAAAUCUUUGUGAAACACCCCCCAGUACGCAUUUGGCACCCAAUUUUAUAGUCACAACCUACAGUGUAGCUGUGAGACUGCUUAUUGACGAACAAGGGUUGGUUUCAUGAAUCUUUCUAUCAAUAGCAGUAUGUGAGCAAUUGUUAAAAGCUAUAAUGAAGAUAUACAAUAUCAGUUGCAUUUGUCCGGGAUUGGUAACCAGUUUUAUGUAUCUUUGCUUUGGGCAUGUGUCAGAAACUUCAUGCUGGAUGUAUUCACACCAUGUUUUGUAUGUAUUGUCUCUUAGACUUUUGUUUAGUUAAAUAAUAUCUAAAUUUACAUAUUUUGUCUCCAAAUUUCUGAUGCAGUCAGGUCAUUGAGAGUUUGAUGGUUGAGUAUUUUUGUUUCAUGUAGGUUAUAUGGUUUCACAAUAUUUGCACUGGCGACAAUUCCUCUGGGGUUAAAAUUUGGUUUUAUUUCUGGUUUAGGAUAGGGUAUACUGUUAAAUCCAGGGUUGAAGUUGGUCAUUUCGUUAACGUGUGGAAUUUACAGCGAAGCAAUUGUCGCCAGAGCAAAUGUCAUGGAUCCGGUUAUACAUGUUUAUCAGGGGCUUGUUUCCUAAAACUUGGUAUACUAACAAAUUUGCAAUAACAGUUUUAAAGCGACACCUCAUACGGCACCUUGACAGAGUAUAUAAGGCCUGCUUUUACAAAAUUUGCUCAUUAUCUUGGAGACAAUUUUUUUUUUCAUUAGGGAGUCAAAAUACAGUUUUGGGAAUCACUGAGUUAGUUUGGUUUAAUUCUAUAGGUAUUAUGUAGUUUGUAAAUUAGAAAGAAGUUCAUCAUUACUUCUUGUCUUGUAUCUGAUAUGAUCUAUUUGUGUAAAAAUUUGUUUUUAUUGAAAUUAUAAUGAUGACCUAAUGUAUCAUAUUGUGAUAAGUAAUGAAUCCUACUGCAAUAAAAUCACUUUAAAAUAUGUGUAUGUACAUGUAUGUUUUGACUGUUUACGUACCGUUUUGUAUCGAGAAAUCGCCCAGAAAUUAUCUUUAUGGAUAAUUUUUUUUUAAGUGAAUUAAGAUUUUCUUUCUGGUCGGUGAUUGUUUCCUUUCUGGUCGGUGAUUUUAAGUAGAUUUUGCUCGAAGGACAUACAUUACGUUUAUUGCACAAUCCGUUCACUUUUGUACCUUCUAAUGAUGACAAUCGCUUAUAUAGCACUUACAAUUAAUUGUAUCAGAAGUCUCAAAGUGCUCUACAGUAAAGCAGCAUGAUUACCAUCACUUAAAGUGAUCAUUUCACUUUGUUCUGAUUUAAAAAAUUCUCCUUUUGGUUCUUGAAAAUGGGCUAAACAUUAGGCUUAUAGUGUAAAAAUACCAUCCCAAAAGUUUCAUAGUAUUAUAUUUACAGGAUCAAUUUUAAUACCUUGGAGAUGUAAACCAAAGUUUGAAAUAAUUGGGAGUUGGUUUCAAUGACUAUGUGUAUACAGGGAAUCUGUGCACCACAACACAUUAAUUCUAGAUGAACACAGCAUGACCUACAUACAGUGUGUACAAGGUAUACACUGAAUGUACAGUGCAGCUAAUAGUGUGUGUAUAGGAGAUACACACAACAGAAGGCAGUCAAAAUAGCCAACGGACUUUUUGAAUUGGAGAAAACUGGUCAUAAGCUGAACCCGUCUACUAGACGGUUCUCAAAAUCAGGCUAAUAAAUUGCUACUUGUAUUUAAAUUAGAGUUUUUCAUCCUAUAUUGUGGUCUGUUACAGGGUUUUUGAGGACAAAUACAGGCACUCAUACGCACGUUUCAACUCAGUUUGAGAAUUCUUUAAAUCAGCUGCUCACAAAGUUAAACGAUCCCUUUAAUUAGUAUUGCAACUGUUAAGCCCGUCUCACACUAUGCAAUUCGUUGCGAUCCGAAUUUCAAAUUAAUUGUGAUAACAUUUGAUAUGGAUAUUUCAUGUAAUAAAAUAUUACAGAUCAGAGUACAGAAUAGUGGUAGGACUACUGAAAUCGAAAUUCAGUCCAGUUAGAGCCUUCCUGAAUGAAUAAAAUGAAAUUCAAUUCCAAAUUGUGUCGACGUCAUCAUCGGCUGCGACUUGAAGCCGAUUUGGACUUUACUCCGACCAUAGUGCUUGCCGCAAAGUAAAAAAGAUGAUUUUAGUUUUCCUAACAAUAUGCCAAACUUUAAAUAAAAUAAUUUUACUUCUUGCAACUUUCAUAUUUAAUGUUAAAUGCGAUUUCUUGAAAAAUUGAGUCGCACCGGAUCGCAUAGUGUGAGACGGGCUUUAGGAGCAAUGCUUACAUGUAACUUUUACUAUUGUCACAUUUAGUUCAUUUACAACAAAUGGUAUUACUAUUAUUUUAAUGUAUUUUUUUUUUACCAGAAAGGUGAUUAUGUAAAUGUUGACCAUGUUGAAAUUAAAUUUAAAAAUUCAAA